UCCGCCAGAGGUCACUAGUGCUUACGCGCAAAAUUUAAACUAAGCAAGCACAUAAAAAUUGUAUAUUACAAAUACUUCACCUUUUUUAAUGCAAAAUUCGUAGAAACAAUCAUGGCUAAGGCCUUAGGAUCUACUCUGUACCGCCUGGUGCCGGAGAAGACCGUCUUCAUGUUGUGCGACGUGCAGGAGAAGUUCAAACCGGCGAUACCGCUGCUGGGUGCGCUCAUCGAGAACACUGCCAAGCUGCUGGCGGCUGGCAAGGCCUUGGGAGUGCCCCUCCUGGUCACCGAGCAGUAUCCCGAGAAGUUGGGCAAGACCGUCUGCGAGCUGGACAUUGGACAUGCCUGUGCCAAUGUGCCGAAGACCAAGUUCUCCAUGCUGGUGGAUCCCAUCCAGAAGAGCAUGGCUGAUAUCUACGGUGGCAAGCCCAAGACAGCAGUGCUCUUUGGCGUGGAGACCCAUGUCUGCGUGGAACAGACCGCCUUUGACCUGAUAAACGAGCAGAUAGACGUCUGGCUGGUGGCCGACUGCUGCGCCUCGCGUCUCAACCAGGAUCGAGAUUUGGCCCUGGAGCGACUGCGUCACAUUGGCUGCACCAUUGCCAGCUCGGAGAGCGUGAUUUUCAACCUGCUGGGCGACAAGGAGCACAAGGCCUUCAAAGAGAUCACUUCGCUGGUGAAAAAGGUCUCCGCGGACAUGGAACUCUGGCAACCCACGAAGCUGCAGGGGAAGUGACCUCGGCGGCUCCUUUUAUGUAAGCUUCUUCUUCUUCUUCCGCUUAUUAAACGAUCCUGAGAUCGCA